GAAACGUCUGUUUUUGAACAGCCGAAGCACAUAGGUCAUGAUAUGUGGGAUGUUGCGUUGGAAAGAAGGGACAAGAAGCUCUUGGAGAACCUCUCCGCCGCCUCCUCUGAUUGAAAUCUCUACUUCUGAUUUAUGCAUGUUGGGAUUUUCAGGUAACCUGGCCAAUGUCGGAAGAAGGAAUAAAAGUGCCACCUAUCCUGCUGAAGGAGGAGGUUAAAGAGAAGCUGCAGUCAUAUCUAUUUCUUUCCAUUAGUGUUUGUUUUAAUCGCUCAAACUUGUGAAAUCUCACACUAUUCAAUGGAUGCUUCUAAUGUUGAGAAUAUCAAAUCCUUUUCUGAGAGAUUUGUUGCUACAGAAGUCCUUUUUUUUCUCUCUCUCUCUUUUAUGUAUCCUCGUUUUUGGAACCAUUCAGGGUAUCAAAUUUCAUGUUUCAUAUUCUUAAACAGGAUAAAUAAUAGACAUUGUC